CCAACCUGAGCCAUGGCGACGUGUGUUUUCGAGGAUCCCUUGGCCUUAGCUGUUUUGAGGUGGGACGAAAUUGAAGAACUCUCCUUUCUGGAUAUGGAGUACCCCGUUCCGCGGAGGUUUAGGUCCGGGCGAGGCUACUUGGAUGUGCUCAACAUAGAUAGUGAAGCUUUCCGCCAUCAGUUUCGUUUUGAGCAGAUGGACUUAAUGGAGCUGUGUAGCGCGCUGCGAGUCCCUCAUACAAUUAGGACGGCCCAGAACGUCGCCAUCCCCGGGCAGGAAGCUCUGUGUAUUCUUCUGCGGAGACUCUCCUACCCCAACCGCCUCUGCGACCUGGAAGGCAUGUUUGGCCGCCACUCUUCGACACUUUCAAGUGCGACGACCGUGGUGCUAAACCAUUUGACGUCCACGUUCGGGCAGCUGACCGCGGAUCUGUCAGCUCACACGUGGUUGAACCGUGCAAGCUUGGACGAGUUCUCCGAGGCGGUCCGCGCGAAGGGGGCACCUCUUCAGAAUUGCUGGGGUUUCGUUGAUGGAACGGCCCGCCCCAUCUGCCGACCCACGGAGGACCAGCGGCUUUAUUUCUCUGGCCACAAGCGUGUGCACGCCAUCAAGUAUCAGGGCAUCAUGUUCUUGGAAGAAGCGCUCAUAAAUAGAGGAACAGCCUCUAUCACAGCCAAAAUAAGUUGA